CAAAAACCUUCCACCCAAUAUAUCUAAAAGGUUAUGUUAUUCCUUCCACUGCAUAAAAUUUCUCUAGGUGUUUUUUUUUUAUUGGCGAAACUUGCUUCAUUUGAAUGGCGUCCAAGAGAAUUCUCAAGGAGUUCAAGGACCUCCAAAGAGACCCUCCAAGCUCAUGCAGUGCAGGUCCUGUGGCAGAUGAUAUGUUCCGUUGGCAAGCAACAAUUAUUGGCCCUCAAGAUAGCCCCUAUGCCGGUGGAGUUUUCCAUGUCAACAUCCAUUUCCCUACUGAUUAUCCCUUCAAGCCACCCAAGGUUGCUUUUAAGACAAAAGUUUUCCAUCCGAAUAUAAACAAUAAUGGUAAUAUCUGCCUAGAUAUUCUCAAGGAUCAGUGGAGUCCUGCUCUCACCAUAUCAAUGGUUUUACUAUCCAUAUGCUCACUGCUGACAGACCCCAACCCAGAUGAACCGCUUGUUCCAGAGAUUGCCCACAUGUAUAAGACAGACAAAGCCAAAUAUGAGACAGUGGCAAGAAGUUGGACUCAUAAAUAUGCCAUGAAUUAAUUGAAAACAGGCUUUGCUUUACCAUAAACAAUGUGCAUAACAUAGUCUGAAUAAAUGUUUUGAAUUGUGUGAGUUUGAAUUGGUGUUUACCGUCUAAAUUUGAGAGGAAAAUAAAUUCCCAUUACCAGACUCAGGUGUUUUCAUGUUGUAACAUUCCUAAUAAAAGAAGUAAUUAUCGGGUGCUGUGUUCUUACCCCUUUCA